UGAUACAUUUCACCUAUGCAGCCUUAAAAGUCUUUGUUUCCCAUGCUCAAUUUCUUAUUUAAAACUUGGACUAAAAUACGACUUUUUAUAUCACUAGUGUCCAUAUAAUAUGUGUACGUUUAAGACUAGAUGGACUGGAAGACAGUAAUAAGCUGAAUGCUAGUAUCGUGAUAUAAUUCUAGGUUUUUAAAAAUAACUCCGGUAAAUACAUUCUUAUGAAAAUGUACAAAAAAAUCAUGUGGGAUCAAAGAAAAUUGAAAGCAAGGUCAGUCUUGCCGAAAAUUUGAUUUUAAGAGGGAGUAAAAAAAAUGCUAAAAAUUAUAUUUGUACGAAUAUAAAAUUACAUUUGUGUGAAAUUUUAUUUUAUCCAAAUUGUGCAUCUCCCCACCUUUAUUUAGAGGUCGGACUAACACAAUGUUUUAUACCAAAAUAAAAUUCAUAAAUUUGUGGUCUUAUGAGGAGCGUAUUCAAUUCAGCACUGCAUUUACCUUUUACAUGAUAUUUGGUAUAGUCAUGAAACAUAUACGCUACACUAAAAUAUUUACUAUUUUUCUGACUACUCGGUUAAUAAUAAUAGCAUCGCAGUGGCUGGCAGUGGUCGUUGGGUUACAGAGAGGCUGGUUUGAAUUUCAGGUCUGCCAUUUACUAGGAAGCUGCUACAAAUUCUGACCCCUUAGUUUUCUUACCUGUAAAAUGGGGGAAGAUAAGAUCUGUAAAGGUAAUUAGCAUCUUCCCAUUGAUAUUUCUGACUUAAGUAUAUAUUAACUGAUGUCCUCUACAGGCCGGGAUGUGCUUUAGACCAUGCCCCAAAUCCUCUUUGCACCAAAUCCACCACCAGAACCCCUUCCACUUCAGGAAGCAGAGAAGGGAACCUGGUGACUGGCAAAUCUAAAUCAAUCUUCAGGAAAGAUCGAGACCCAGUGAGUGGCGAUAGCGGCAAUGAGUGCCUGUAUCGGUUUAAAUUUACAACCUCACUUUUUCCAUUGCCGGCUCAUAGUUGUGGGUAAUGCCCCACUGAUGAAAAAAUAAGUUGUAACUACAAGAAUUCGAUAUGGGUUUUUGCUUUUGAACCUGACGGUCUUGCUGUCAGUUGCAAGAGACCAAGCGGAAACAAAGGGGAAGUCUUGUUCCGAACUUUUCGCAGAAAAUAAUUCAGUUGAGAAAACAUUAAAACGCAUUAAAUUUUCUUUGAAUAGGGGUAAAUUCCACUAGUGACCUCCUAAUCUCUCCCACCACAUCUAAGGCAAUGCGGGGAACUGCUUGUCGAAUCAUUCGCUUUCUGAUUAGAGUCCACUGGGCUGGCUUUGGGAAAGUUACUUAGGUUUCUUUGGGCCUCGGUUUCCUUAUCUCUUAGUGGGGCUUAAAUAACCACCAUGGAAUAACGGCCUUAGAACUGUGAAAAUUAAAUGAACUUUACCUACCUACCAGAAGGGACCAGUAUAGUCACUGACAGUAAAUUCUCAAUAAAUGAAAAUACUUAUAAUGAUGUGACAAUUAAGGAAGAUGCUCCUAAAAUAGACGGUAGGCGUCGGGGAGAGGUGAUUAAAUGGAUGCAAAAUUUAUGUGUUGUUUAUUGUCUACUUUGCCGAGGCCUCUGGUUAUGAUAUACACAUACCUUCCCAUAGAAUAUUAAAUCCUAUGUGGGUGCAUAAUGCAUGCGCAGAAGGAUUAGGCAUGAAAUGUCACUUCAGCAAUGUGCCUGGGGAAGCUCUGACGCUGUCUGACCUUUGGGCGUCUGGGAGGGAUGCCUAUACCUGUGCCCAGCGCUGGAAGGGGCCCAGGCCCUGCCCAGCAAAGCCUACCCCCCGGACUGCUUACUCCUUCCUAGCAUACAUGUUCGCCGAAAAGGGUAUUUUCUCCCUUCCGAUUGGCGUAGGUUGGUUUUUCUUUUACGUGGUUGCAAGUAGAAGUCCCUUCAGUCUUCUCCCUUGGGAGGCACAGCGCGAAGGGGAAACUCCGACACUGGAAAGAACGAGAGUAAAUACCUAAAUACAGACGCACGGAUCCGCGGCUGGGACAGACACUUGAACUUCGGAUCCCGAGGCGGUCCGGGCUGCGGGAGAUAGUCCACUUUUAACUGAAGGACGCUGCUUCUGUUUGGGGGUGGCCGGAGACGUGAGAAAACCACAUGGAAGAAUCCCAGGACUUAAAUGAGCAAUCAGUAAAGAAAACGUGCACGGAAUCAGAUGCUUCAGAACCUCAGAAUUCCAGGUCUAUGGAAAUGCAGGACCUAGCAAGUCCUCAUCCUCUUGUCGGAAGUGGUGAUACUCCUGGUAGCUCCAAACUGGAGAAGGCUAAUCUCAGCAGCACAUCGGUCACCACAAAUGGGACAGGAGGGGACAACAUGACUGUUUUAAACACUGCAGACUGGUUGCUGAGUUGCAACACCCCCUCUUCUGCAACAAUGUCUCUCCUUGCAGUCAAAACAGAGCCUUUGAACAGCAGUGAAGCGGCCACCACCUCUGGAGAUGGAGCCCUUGACACUUUUACUGGGUCAGUAAUAACUAGUAGUGGCUACAGCCCCAGAUCAGCGCAUCAAUACUCCCCACAGCUAUAUCCUUCCAAGCCCUAUCCACACAUUCUUUCUACACCAGCAGCUCAAACAAUGACUGCCUAUGCAGGCCAGACUCAGUAUUCGGGAAUGCAGCAGCCAGCCGUCUACACAGCCUACUCACAGACAGGACAGCCCUACAGCCUGCCCACUUACGAUCUGGGCGUGAUGUUGCCAGGGAUCAAGACAGAGAGUGGACUUUCACAGACUCAGUCCCCGUUACAGAGUGGGUGCCUCAGUUACAGUCCGGGGUUUUCUACCCCCCAGCCAGGCCAGACGCCUUAUUCUUACCAGAUGCCAGGUUCUAGUUUUGCCCCAUCAUCGACUAUUUAUGCAAAUAACUCAGUUUCCAAUUCAACGAACUUUAGUGGUUCACAACAGGAUUAUCCAUCCUACACAGCCUUUGGCCAAAACCAGUAUGCACAGUAUUACUCAGCAUCAACGUAUGGAGCAUAUAUGACAUCAAAUAACACAGCUGAUGGCACAUCAUCUUCGACCUCAACCUAUCAGUUGCAGGAAUCUCUUCCGGGACUGACUAGCCAACCAGGUACAGAUCUUCAUCCAGGAGAGUUUGAUACUGUGCAGAGCCCCUCCACACCUAUCAAAGACCUCGAUGAGAGAACUUGCAGGAGUUCUGGGUCAAAGUCCCGAGGAAGAGGCCGGAAAAAUAAUCCCUCCCCACCUCCUGACAGUGACCUAGAGCGUGUAUUUGUCUGGGACUUGGACGAAACCAUCAUCGUUUUCCACUCACUGCUCACAGGGUCUUAUGCUCAGAAGUAUGGCAAGGAUCCCCCCAUGGCUGUAACUCUUGGACUCCGAAUGGAGGAAAUGAUUUUUAAUCUCGCUGAUACACAUUUAUUUUUUAAUGAUUUAGAGGAGUGUGAUCAAGUUCACAUAGAUGAUGUUUCCUCUGAUGAUAAUGGGCAAGACUUAAGUACCUACAGUUUUGCAACUGAUGGCUUCCAUGCAGCUGCAAGUAGUGCAAACCUUUGUUUGCCAACAGGUGUAAGAGGAGGGGUUGACUGGAUGAGGAAGUUGGCUUUUCGUUACAGAAGAGUAAAAGAAUUAUACAACACCUACAAGAACAAUGUUGGAGGACUCCUUGGCCCUGCCAAGAGAGACGCAUGGUUGCAGUUGAGGGCAGAGAUUGAAGGUCUGACAGACUCCUGGCUAACAAAUGCACUUAAAUCAUUAUCGAUUAUUAGUACUAGGAGUAACUGCGUAAAUGUCUUGGUAACGACAACCCAACUGAUCCCAGCUCUCGCGAAGGUUCUACUCUAUAGUUUAGGAGGUGCUUUCCCCAUUGAGAAUAUUUACAGUGCAACUAAAAUAGGCAAGGAAAGCUGUUUUGAGCGUAUAGUGUCCAGGUUUGGCACUAACAUAACUUAUGUUGUGAUUGGAGAUGGCCGAGACGAAGAACAUGCCGCUAACCAGCUUUUAUGCCCUAUGGUCCUGGUGAACGCCUUGUAGUAAGCGUGUUCCGUGGUGAUAAAUGCUGAGGCUAUUUUUAAUAGCUGAAGAAAAACCUUGCUAGCGAAAUUAAUAAAGGCUGUUGGAAUGACGUGUAUUAUUCAGAUCCUUUGGUGCCAACUUGUCAUAGAGACUCAGAGGCAGUAUGCCUCGUAUCUUCUAGAAGAAUGUUGUCUGUUUUAGUGAGAUGUCAGUGUGUGAUUGCAGCCAAGCAGCUGGCGUUGAACAUAUUCAGGAGACCUCAUAGGCCCUAGGUAUUUAAAUAAGCCCUUUCAUCUGGCCCAUAUUUCUGAAGAAGAAACUAAGGCAGUUAAAAACCAUGAAAUUAUCAAAAGAUCAUUAAAUGACCAAAAGAUCAAAAGAGGAGUGAUUCCAAGAUUGGUCCUAGACACCAAACCAUCAGUCGAAACAACACUGAGAUCUAAUGCUUCCUUUACUGAGUGACCACAAAAUAUCUAUCAUCUGGCCAGGAUAAAAAUCAUAGAAUUCAUAAAAUAAAGCAAAAUGAUAACUGCUGUUUUUAAACAGCAACACAUUGGCUUAUCUUGUUUUACAUAAAAAGAAUGUUGUCCUUAUCCUGAAGAGACCUCAAAUCAUCAUCCAAUAAAGCCUUCACUGAAACACUUGUAUGUGCUGCUGUGUUCACCUGAUGUCUGUUUUCGAAAAACAGGAGGGAGAGGGCUUAAGAAAAUUUAUAGCUAUACUAGAAAGAUAAAAAACGUGAUUUAUGUUUGUAGAUCAUUCAAAUCAAGCAAAGUGAAGAAGGAGCUUCUACUUUAGAAGGUUUGGUCAAGUAUUGGAAGCUGUAAUUGAAAAAUCUCAUGCUUUUCCAUAACCUUGAGAGAGUUGGUGCAGGCUCUGACGCCCGCAGAGCUCUUGGUCUCAAUUAGCCGUGUCAGUGACCCCAGACCGCACCCUGCUCCCCCCCUCCCAGGACGUUCUGUAGAAGGCCAGGGAUGCAGCCUCAAGAAACACCACUUUCAGUGCGGACUGCUACGUAGAAUCCCCCUCGUUGCACACAGUUGAAAUAACUUCUGGAGUUUGUCAAUGGCCUGAGUCCGUGUUGUUUCGAUUUUUCAUGUUGGCACCAGAAUUAACACACAACAAGUAGUCAAUGCAGCCACUGCCGCACACAUUUUGCAACUCUUGGAGCUUACGUGAAAUUCACAUCUGUCUAGGUCAGGGCUAAUAAAAUUCGCUUUUCCAAACCAGGAAUGUUAUAUGCCUUUGAAAAUGAAAAUGUAUAGAGUCUACACCGUUUGCCCGUGGUGUGAAAACAGGAUGUGACCCACUCAACAGUUGUCCUCCCCUCUGCUUUACACCUGAAACUUCAGGGGAAAAAGGCCUGACUCCAAGUGGAUGAGAACCUGGGUUAGAAUGCUACUUCCAAAUGGUUGUUUAUGUAGGUGCAGUUUUGGUGAUGGUGAAGGCUUACAGCUCUGUUUUGAAACACAGGUGGCUGGUUCCUCUAGUAUCCAGGAUGCAUGCUUUUCUUUGGAUGUGGCUGUUAUCGCAUGCGCAGAAAUACAAAGUACUAAGUACUAUGUCGUUACUAUAAAUAGAUCUGAGCUGAAUGGAAAAACAAAAUGUUACUUUACGUGAAUAGCUGUGCUUUCAUUGGACCUAGAAACAUGCUUUGUUUUGCAAAUUUUAGCAGAAAGUUGAAAGUUUAAGAACGUAUAACCGCACUCCCCCAUAGGAAUAUAUAAUGUGAGCCAUUAUUGUACUUUUCAGUUUUCUGGAAGCUGCAUUUAAAAAAAAAGAAAAGUAAAAAGAGACAGGUAGAAUUAAUUUUAGUAAUAUACUUUAGCCCACUAUGCGUAAAAUAUUACUGACUCGACACCUAACAAAUGUAAUAAUUACUAAUGUGAUGUUUGUAUUCUAAGUCUUUGAAAUUCAGUAUGCAUUUUGGACAGGACUUGCCAUAUUUCAAGUGCUCACUAGACACAUGGGGUUGGUGGCUACCAUAUUGGACAGCAAAGAAUUAUAACAGUAGUGAUUAUUAGUUGAAUGUUUAACUUUUAUACUAAAAUAUUUUCCCUGUUUUAUAUAUAUGGAUAUAUUUAUUCCCAUUGUAUCUAUAGAUAUAUAUUCCAUGCAUAUAUAUUCUAUAAGGUGCCAUCAGCCCAAAAUUACAAGUAAUGCUUGACUUUGUUAAUUGCUAUAGUGCAUUAUUUCUUUGUUUUCAUUAUUGUCCAUAAUGGAGAAUUUUUCAACGUUUUUUUUUUCUAAUCACAUUUUGUCAUGAAAUUUACCACACAUAUACCGUAUCCUGGUAUAUCUUUGGAGAGCCACAAACCAUUGUAAUGUCUAAGCAUAUUUUUCCCCACAAGAGCCCACUAUUGUUCCUUCGGGUACAUAUCGCUCCUAUUGUGAAUGGAUGCCGGAGUGCGAAAUUUCUCUCAGUCCCACACCAUGAAGGAAGUUAAGUCAAUGCUACCGGCUUAAGUUAUUACUUACCCGAGACAAGGAAGAAGAUUGAUUAUCCCUGCAUUGUUUUCUACCUUACGUAGUCCAGCUUCAAAUUAUUUUUUACAUACAAAAGAAUUCACCCUCUUCCUCUCCAAUAGAUAAAAAGCCUGGGACUCAGGAAGUGUGUCAUUGUCAAAAUUUUGUUUCUAACCGAGAGGGGAACCCUAAGGAGUGUUGUGGUUAAAAAUCGCGUCCCCUCAGCCAGGGAGGAUUUUGAUGCUCAGCUUGCACCCCAGAUGCUAAUCUUGGUAAUGAUACGUUCCAGAAUAAAUACUAAACCACUUCAGAAAUUUCAGUAUUUGCUUUUAUAAAUAUUCAAAUCCAGUUCAGAUCUAUUUCUCUCUUAUUUGAAGACAGUAUGAUACUGAUGUUACCAAGCCUUCAAAUACAAUCAUGCCUCCCUUGAAUGUGGGUGAACCACACGUUUCUGUGUCUACUGUUGCUUCGUUGAGACAAUAGUUACGAUUUCUCUCCAUUCCUUCCCCUUCUCUCCCCCGUACCUCCCUCUGUCAACACACAGCACAACAUGCCCUUUUGGAGGAUUUCAAGUCACUCAGACCUCUUGGCUCUACAUCAAGCACUGGAAUUAGAGUAUUUGUAACUGUGUUCUCUAGCUGGAGAUCCAUUUUUUUUUAUAUAUAUAUUUCAAGUACACUGAAUUUUUAUGUGUGAUUCAAUGCCUCUGGCUUUUACACAUAUAAAUUGUCUUAAAGGAUGAAAUCAUAUUUGGAAUGACAGUUCCAGGAUGAAGAAUUCAGAUUGCUGAAUGGAAGUUAAACUUUAGUGCUACAGAAAGGAAGCUCUAUGGUCUUAUAUUUACAACACUUUAAUGUUUAAAAAAAAAAAAAAUCUGUGGAGGUUGCUGGUACACACCGAACAAGUCCGAACUGGAAUUAAGAGCUUUAGCAAAGAACUCUCACCCUGGCAAAGUCCCAACACGUGCUCCGUCCGACAAGGUGGUGCUCAACAACAUUCCUCAAAAUGGGAGAUCUUCUCAGCCCUGAGGUUUGAAUCUGACUUUAGCCUACCUAGCCCAGAAAAUCUGAAUUGGAAUGCACUCAGACUGUAUAAGGACAAUCCUAUCUAGACCUGUAAUUUGUGUAAAUUAUUGAUGAAAAUAAUUUACUGUGACUUUAUUAGCAGCUGACUUUGAAAGUGGAUGCAAUUUUUCUUUCAUUUGU